AUGGCCUCCACGAACGGCGUCAAUGGUGUUCCCCGCCAGAACACUUUGCUCCCUCCCGUCUACAUUGUUGCUGCUGCAAGAACGCCAGUAGGAUCAUUCCUGGGGUCAUUAUCUUCUCUGACUGCUACUCAGCUCGGUUCCCAUGCCAUCAAAUCGGCCCUAGAAAGAGUACCGGAGAUCAAACCACAAGAUGUGCAAGAAGUCUUCUUUGGGAAUGUCUUAUCCGCAAAUCUCGGACAAAAUCCUGCUCGUCAAUGCGCGCUCGGGGCUGGCCUCGAGAACUCUACUGUUUGCACGACCAUCAACAAGGUCUGCGCAUCAGGCCUCAAGGCUAUCAUUCUCGGUGCGCAAACCAUCAUGACUGGAAAUGCGGACAUCGUCGUCGCCGGUGGAGCGGAGUCCAUGUCCAAUUGCCCUCACUACCUUCCGAACAUGCGAACCGGGGCCAAAUUUGGAAACCAGACUCUAGUUGAUGGGGUUCUAAGGGAUGGUCUGACUGAUGCAUAUGGCAAGCAAGAGCACAUGGGUCUCCAGGGAGAGGAAUGCGCCCGAGAUCAUGAUUUCAACCGAGAACAACAGGAUGACUACGCGAUUCAAUCAUACCAGCGAGCGCAGGCUGCUCAGAAAGAUGGGCUCUUCAACUUCGAGAUUGCUCCUAUUCAGCUACCAGGUGCACGUGGGAAACCAGGUGUCACGGUUGACAAAGAUGACGAGCCCAAGAACCUCAACAUUGAGAAGCUUCGCUCCAUGAAACCCGCAUUCAUCCCUGACAAGGGCACGGUUACUGCUCCCAACGCAUCACCUCUCAACGAUGGCGGUGCCGCAGUAGUGCUCAUCUCCGAAGCAAAGUUGAAGGAACUUCACAUCAAGCCCCUGGCCAAGAUUUUGGGCUGGGGUGACGCCGCCGAUCAGCCGCGCAGAUUCACUACUGCUCCCGCCCUGGCAAUUCCCAAAGCCCUUCAACAUGCCGGCAUCAAACAAGAAGAUGUCGAUGCCUUCGAAAUCAACGAAGCCUUCAGCGUUGUGGCUCUGGCCAACGUGAAGUUGCUGGGUCUGACUGCGGAUAAGGUCAAUGUUCAUGGCGGAGCCGUGGCAAUUGGACACCCUUUGGGGGCUUCUGGAGCCAGAAUUGUGACUACGUUGCUCGGCGUUUUGAAAGCAAAGAAAGGCAAAGUUGGAUGCGCUGGUAUUUGCAACGGUGGUGGUGGAGCCAGCGCUCUGGUCAUCGAGUCUUUGAUGUGA